AUCUACAAAUCAUGCUGUUCCGCACGCUACCAGCUGAUGGCGGUAAGGAGCCAGGGAGCUGUGUGAGUAUCGUCGAUUAAUAGAAGAAGAAGAAGCGUCAGCCUAGAGACCUACGCAGUGAGUGAAACGUCAAACUGACAAAAUGAGCACCGAAAAAUAUCCUCGCUCUUCAAUAGAAGACGACUUUAACUAUGGCACCAACGUCGCUACAGCCAGUGUCCAGAUACGAAUGGACUUCCUCAGGAAGGUGUACAGCCUCCUGAGCGUCCAGAUCCUACUGACCACAGCCACCUCGGCUCUCUUCAUGUUCUCACAGACCAUCAAGGAUUUCGUCCAUGCCAGUCCUGCUGUAGUUUUGGUCUCUGCUGUGGGUUCUCUGGUUCUUCUGGUGGCCUUGGCCGUUUACAGACAUCAACAUCCAGUCAACCUCUACCUGCUGCUUGUAUUUACUCUGCUGGAAGCUGUUUCCGUGGCUACAGCUCUGACCUUCUAUGAAUACUCCACUGUUCUCCAAGCCCUGGUUCUGACCUGUGCUGUGUUCGCUGCUCUGACCUGCUACACCUUCCAGUCCAAAAGAGACUUCAGCAAAUUGGGAGCCGGUCUCUUCGCCUGCCUGUGGAUUCUACUCAUUGCAGGUUUCAUGAGGCUCUUCUUCAACAGUGACAGCACAGAGCUGGUGUUCGCUGGAGCUGGGGCUCUGGUCUUCUGCGGCUUCAUCAUCUACGACACCCACCUGCUGAUGAAGCAGCUCUCCCCUGAGGAGCACAUCCUGGCAUCCAUCAACCUCUACCUGGACAUUGUCAACCUCUUCCUGCACAUCCUCCGUGUCCUGGACUCUAUGAAGAAGCACUGAGUGCAGCAGGUCGUGGGGGCAGGACUGCUGCACUGACGGUUACAUGUCAAUGUCAGAUAAUGUGCUAAAACUCCAGGUCUGGAUCUUUAUUUCCUUUCUUCUAAAUUAAAAAAAAAAAACUUUAACAUUUGUUGAAUGUACUUUGUCAUAAAGGAAAGGGAUGAUAAUGGAAUGAGUUCACACAAUAUUGAGAUGUGGAUUUUUAAGUCCUAUACACUAGAAGUAAAUUUUAAAAAAUCAUGUGUCAUCACAAAAACCAAUUAUCAGAUGUUGCAGAGUAGUUUUUCUUUUGUUAUGUAAAGUAAUUAUGUCUAUGUCUAUUGUAAUUUUUUGCACUUUUUUUCUGAGUCUCGUCCAGUGUUUCUAUCACACACAGGGGCUGGGACUCACUGGUUCACACUAACUCUUUCUUGUGUACCCAAGAAUGCUGAAGUUUUUAAAUGCAAGAAAACUUUGUACUCCUCUGGGCCAAAUGACUCCAGUUAAGUAUUGUUCUCUAAUGUUAAAUGAAUCAGUUAUGCUGUAACGGUGGACAUUCCUUCUUCUGCCAUAAACCUGUUUUUUGUUUCCUUGUGGUAAGAGGAAAACAUAUUGUAGAUUGGUUUUUAAUGGAGUAUGAAUGGAUGUGUGGUUUAACUUGGGUUUGUGAUUGUGACAUACUGUAUUCCCACGGUGUAUGGUAAUGUGGAAGCUGUUUUGCAAUCAGGGACAAAACCUAAUAAAAUAUAUAACGCAGGG